UGGUCAUGUAUAAAUGUUGCUAAAAAUAGAAAAAUCGAUUUACGCCUAGUGUUAAGAUCUAGCACACUGUAUGGCAUGUAAUGUUUAAGGAUAUUUAACGAACGAUUUGGAAUUGUUUGAAUACCAAGUGUAUUUGGUAAAUAAUACGUCGUAAUGUUGUCGGAGUCGGCUCUAUACCCGGAUGCACCAGUUAUUGCGCAACCCGGAAACACUCUUGGUCCGGCUCCUGGUUCCGUGCCGGAAAAUGGGGUUUCAGUUCGUUUGUUGCAAGACACGCCAGCUGACGCGGAGUUCGCCGGCAGAUUAACCGUCGAAGGUUUUCGCGGUAAAUUUGCGCAUAAUAUAACAGAAAGAAAACUGCCAAUAGCUGUAAAACACAUGACAGCACAACACAGGGGCCAAAACCCGGCGUUUUACAACCGGACUUUCGUAGCUGAACUACAUGGAACACCUGUCGGUUUACUGCAGUUGAAAUUCAAGGGUGACAAGGAAAUAGAAAAAGAUGACCAUAUAUCGGAACUUGGAUGCUGGCAUGGUUGUAGGUAUGCUUGCUUUGGAUCAACCUUGGAUGAAUCUGUGAAUGAUCGUCUCAAAUGUUAUUUGGAUCAUAUAUGUGUAGACGAAAUGGCACGAGGGAAAGGUGUCGGUAAGGUUUUGAUGCAGAGGGCAGAAUACGAAGCGAGGUUGAGAAAUUGUACAUCAAUAUAUUUGUGGGUUUUAACUACAAAUCGAGCAAUCUCGCUAUAUGAACGACAAGGUUACCAUGAAACUAGCAGCACGAGUAUGUGCGGAUGUCUUGGAUGUUUAAUAGGCCCACCAGGGAAAGUUAAAGAAAUGACCAAAAUGCUCUGAAAGAUGCAAGUCACCUCAAUUCCACGUACUGUCAAGACACAAGUGUUUGAGCCGUCAUGCCAUUUAUUUUGCUGACAAUAUAGUCUAUCAUUGAUUGCUAUUCAAAUGUAUAUAUAUAUACAACUUUUAUAUAUAUUCAUAUAUUUUGUCGUUAUACAAAUUUUACAGUCUGUCUUUUUGCAAUAUGUCAUCGUUAUGUUUAAGUAGAAGUUUUGCAGAACUUCAUAUCAUGUGGCAGAUAAUUAAGUAUAUAUUACGCUCAUCUUUGAGUAAAAUAGUUUAACUGCAGAAAUUCAUUGAAAUCCAUAAAAUUCGUACUGAAUAUUUCUUAAAAAAAACAACUACAAGGUGUUUUUUAAUGAGACUAUAUAUUCAUUAAUUUAAAAAGUGUGAAGAUUUAAAACAUAACAUAUCUACUUCGUGUGAAGUCAAAACAUGUUUAUUCUAUAUUUGCAAAGAGACCGUGUAGCAUUUAUCAAUAUUUUCAAAUAUCAAAUUUGAGCAUGGUAUAUCUUUAAAGUUAUCGCUUAUCACUUUGGAGUGGACGGUACAUUGCAUUUAUUACUGCCGUCCAUGUCAAGCGAGGCACAUCCUUUUCAAUUUUGCGGGUUUUGGCGUUCUUAAAGGUUUCAUUUCAAUUGUAUCAAAUUUUCUUAUUUACACUAUUUUUGAAUACAAAUGGUACUUAUCUUUGCUUUAAAAAGAUACAUUUUUAUAUUAACUCAUUUACGAUACCAUAUUAAAGGAACUCCACUGAGGCCCAAAGCCUGAAAAUAUGAACUUUGAAUUCUUUACAUAGAUAAGCUGAGACACUGAACGAUAUGCAAAAAAUAGUAAAUAGAACUAUACUCAGAAAUACAUUUAAUGUUGUUUUUUUGGUGCUAUUCUUAUCCCGAUUCUUAUCAUUUUUCACAAUUAGAUUUUUUUUCUGAAAUGAUCUGAAAUUUCGCACCAAAAGUUAUUUGUCUAGACCUACAUCAAAUGGGACAUUAAUCUCGAAAAACGAUUUAUGGUUUCGUCAUGCCAAAUACCUCAGUGUUGUCCCUUUUAAAUUUUAUUGACAUUUACACUAAAUAGCUUUAUCCUUACAUGAUAUAUUUUGUGAUAACAUGUUUUGUAUAUAUUUGUUAUUAUAAUGAUUAUAUAAAUAGACAUCUCUUUUUUAUUACCACGUUUUUAUUAGCUCACCUGUCACAAAGUGACAGGGUGAGCUUUUGUGAUCGCUUUUCGUCCGGCGUCCGUCCGUCGUCCGUCCGUCGUCCGUCCGUCCGUCCGUAAACUUUUACUUUAAAUGACAUCUCCUCAUAAACCACUAAGCCAAUUUCAUCCAAACUUCACAAGAAUGUUCCUUUGGUGGUCACCUUUAAAAAUUGUUCAAAGAAUUUAAUUCCAUGCAGAGCUCUGGUUGCCAUGGAAACCGAAAGAAAAAACUUUAAAUAUCUUCUUUUAAAAAACCAUAAGAGAUAGAGCUUAGAUAUUUGGCAUGAAACAUCUUCUAGUGAGUGUCUACCAAGUU